GCGUUUUCAGAGAGACCAUCUGGCUAGCCAUUUUGCUUAUUUAUGUUUACUUGCCCGCCGCGGACGUCUUUCGUUAGCUCCUGGUGUCCGACCGAGACUCCUCUGAGUUAUACUGCUGCGAAUUCGAUGUCUUGAAGCUCUAGUUCGGAGCGUCUUUUCUGUCUGCGCUUCCUGCUGUUAUUAGACAGCCCACGACGUCACAGUCCGAAGCAGACAAAACGAGAAGGCAAAGAAACGAACCUAUCCAUCUUAUAGAUCUGGGAAAUCUUGAAGAGAACUCAAUUCAAUUGUAAACAACGAGAAGCCACGAGAGUAAGGCUCAACAUAUUGUGAGCUGGGAUACUCAACACCAUGUGCAAACAGAUCGACAAGAAGUUUGAAUGUGGACAUACCGGCUUCCACGAUAUCCAGUGGUGCUCCGACAUGGGAAAAGAAUGCAAGGGACCGAAGCCCAAGCACGACACAGUCUCCUGGCCUGGGCUUUGUACCGAUUGUGCCAAUCGAGCUGCCGAUCCGAACCCUCGGCGUCGCUGAGCAGGGCAAAGUAAGGUCUAUCCCGCUGUCAGUGAAGCAAUUCGAGUCAGGAGAGAAAUGUGACGCAAGAGGGGUUGCGACGAUCGAUUUAGAUUAUGUGACUAGCUCUGUUGUGCAGAUAGCACCUUGAGGGUUUCAACCAAGAACCAUGCGCAUUACUGACUUGUUGUUGC